CAGCAUUAACAAAUAUACAAUGCAUCAUGUUCCCUCUCACAAAAAUCAAAUACCUGUCCUGUUGAUUUGCUCUAGCGCCUCAUCAGAAAACAUAUGUUGUAAGCACUGGUGUUAGCAUUAGCUAGAUAAACCUGAAUAGUGCAAUUUAGUUCAUCAGACAUGUGGCCGUCUCUGCAUCAUGGUGAUGUUGUUACUCUGGGAUGAUGUUGUCGUUCUGGGUCGAUGUUACUCGUUAUAAUGCUGUUUCUGAAUCAACAGAAGGCAUCUUUAAGCCUAAAGAGUAUUAUCUUAUUUCAAUUAUUUUUUGGUCACUACCAUCAUGGCAUUUAUACCAUGGUGUUACCAUAGAGUUAUUUAAGUGCAAAAGUCGUACUUUAGCUAUACAGGAAUUUUUCCAUAGUGGUAAAUUAUUUAUACAAGUGCUGGUACCACAGACAAACAAAAAGAUAUAACCAUACUGUCAGGAUACUCUUAAGGUAAGAAAUUCAGAGACAAAAAAUAUCUGGCAUCAGGAAGGAGUCUAGUUUGUAGAAAGGUCAAACCAGUUUAUUGAAAAAGGCAGCAUUUCUCACGGCCCCACCUUUUCCACAUUUGGCCUCUUUUAUCAGUUCCUCUCUGAGCAGGAUGUGUAGUUCCCUACUGUACUGCAAUACUUCUGCAAAUCCAAUCCUGACAAAACUGAAACUACCUGAUCUGGAGAUAUGUGUCCUGUCAGCACAGAUAAGGCUGAUAUGCACCGUCAUUCACAUGUGGGGUUGGUUCGGUUUAAAGUUCAAACCAUCCCUUCCCAGCCAUAAAAGUCAGCCAGCCAUCAGUAAGAAGGAACUUUACAUAGAUAAUAUCUCAUUCUUCAUCAUGAAGCUCCUGGUCUCAGCGUUCCUGCUACUGGCUCUCAGUUAUGCAGCCACAGCUGAAGUUGUCGUGUCGUUUACAGGAAGAUGCAAUAACUUCUUCUUCAAGGGUCAACCACCCAUCGGGCCAACAGGUGAUCAGUACAAGAAGAUCUGCCAAAAGAAAACUCAAGCAGGCGGUUAUGAAUAUGCGACGCUCUAUGACACCAGCCGAAGGAUCCCUGUCUACUCUGCAUAUAAGUUUCAGGGACAAGGCAAUAUGAGGAAGACGACAUGGGACAUUGAACCUCAGCUGGACGACCAGAACGGUGGAGACUUCAUGGCUUCUGAGGGCACUGUCAGGAACGGCCUUGGCCGAAGGCAAGCUGUGAAUGAAGAUUACACCGGCACCGCAAGAGUCUACGAUAAGGGACACCUGCUUCCAGUCAAACAUCGAAAUUCCCAGUCAUGUGCGGUCGCCACCUUCACCCUCACAAAUGCUGCUCCGCAGCAUAAAACCUUUAACCGCGGAACUUGGAGGGUAAAAGAAGCAGAAGUGGCAGACACGUUGACAACCAACUGCUUGAACCGUGGUUUUCAUGCCCAUAUUGUUACUGGUGUGGUGCCUGGAAAUACAAACAUCAAUAGAAGGGUUAAUGUUCCCAGAUAUUUCUGGAGCGCCUACUGUUGCAGAGACAACAAUAACAGACCUAAACUCUCUGGCGCCUUCUAUGGGAAAAAUGAUUACACCAACAGAGUAACAUCGAUCUCAAUAACCAGCCUGGAUGCCAGGCUUACCAGAGCCUAUGGCGCUGGUUUCCAGGUGUUCUCAGAUAAAUGUAGUUCCUGAACGUGACAUCAGGCCUCCCGAGUUUCAAAAGGCCAGUUAAGAUCUUCUUAGUUGCCCCCCCCUUCCUUUGCAGGCAACCUGUAUCAGGAAAAGUAUCCAUCUCUGCUGCAGCCUACAAAGGCAAAAAGCACUAAUUUCCGUGACUGAAUUUUGCUUUUGUACAGCAGGAUAGCCAUCAUCUACUACCACUAUCUGCUGCCCCAAGGCUAACUGCAGUAAUUACAGUUUUGAUCGAAAUUGCUUGCUAAUUAUGCUAAUGUUAGGUAGCAGUAAUGUUAAAGGACCAGUGUGCAAGAUUUAGUGAUAUCUAUCAGAACAGACUUGGUAGAAAUGGAACAUAAUAAUCAUAAUUAUGUUUUAAUUAGUGUAUAAUCACCUGAAAAUAAGAAUCAUUGUGUUUUCAUUACCUU